CCUGCUAUGUGCUACAGUGACGCAGUACUAGUACCGGGCCCGACAGGACUAAUAUACGCUUGGGCUGUGUGACGGAUAGGCUUAUGGUAAGGCUGGGCAGGAUGGCAGAAAGCGAUGGCUCUAAUAAUGAAAAUGGCAAUCUGGAUACUGUAACUCAAAAGCUUGACCGUGGUGUAGCAGCCAUUAAACCGCAAUAUCUGACCACCAAGGAGAAGUUUCAUGUUUUCAUUGAUGCUGAUGGUAAGGAAGUUGUAGAUAAGCAAACUUGUUCGGAGCUGUCUGGUAAUGAUGCAGAGAACACUGUCCGUGCUGAGGAUGCAGCAGAACCUGAAGCAAAAAGAAUUAAGCUUGAUGAUGGCACUGGUGAAGGACAGGACAAACCCCCCACAUCUGCAGAGAACAAGCAAGAAAAAAAAAGAGCCAGAGGACAAAACAAAAGCCGGCCACACAUGAAACAUUCCCAGUUUGAAGAAAACAAACUGUGUCCAUCAGUUACUCAGGAAUGCGCCAGUAAAUGUUUUUUUGGAGACAAAUGCAAGUUUUUGCAUGAUGUUGCCAAAUAUGUAUCCGAAAAACCAGAGGACAUUCGCCCAAAUUGUUACCUGUAUGAAACUUUUGGGAAGUGCAUUUAUGGAGUCACAUGUCGGUUUGCCAAAUCGCACCUGGGCGACAAUUUCAAGAAUCUAAUCAAUGAAGAGCUUAUGAAGCAGUGGGAAGGACAAGUGUUAGUGAAAAACAGCCUUGACAAAAGCUUGAAAGAACAAUUACGAAAAAGGAAAGUUGUGUUUGAGAAGACUGAUAAAUAUUUAAAGCUUUGUAAUAAAUCAGGCGAUAGUUUGAAAAUUAAAAGCCCAGUAGUUAAGGAAGACAAUGCUGCACAAGUUGUGCAAAAGGACAGUCCAGUGACGACAGUCGGGGCUGUGACCGAUGAAGAUCUUGUAAAGCUCAGGCCUUGUGAGAAGAAAACUAUUGAUUUCAGGAACAAGCUUUAUCUCGCACCACUAACUACGUGUGGCAAUCUGCCUUUUAGAAGACUAUGUAAGCGUUUUGGAGCAGAUAUAACAUGUGGAGAGAUGGCCAUGUGCACCAACCUGCUUCAGGGGCAGCCUUCUGAGUGGGCUUUGUUAAAGCGUCAUCAUUCGGAGGAUAUUUUUGGAGUGCAGCUGGAGGGAGCAUUUCCUGACACAAUGACUAAGUGUGCUGAGCUGCUCAACAGAACCAUUGAUGUGGAUUUUGUAGAUAUCAAUGUUGGAUGCCCCAUAGAUUUGGUGUACAAAAAGGGUGGUGGCUGUGGCUUAAUGAACAGGACUAACAAAUUUGAACAGAUUGUGAAAGGAAUGAAUUCUGUUCUUGAUGUUCCAUUGACUGUAAAAAUCAGGACUGGGGUGCAAGAAAAAAUCAACAUUGCCCACAAGCUUAUUCCGAAUCUCAGAGACUGGGGGGUCUCACUGGUUACACUUCAUGGAAGAUCUAGAGAACAACGAUAUACAAAACUUGCAGACUGGGAAUACAUAGCUCAAUGUGCUGAUAUUGCAAGUCCUCUGCCCCUGUUUGGCAAUGGUGACAUCAUAUCUUAUGAGGAUGCGAAUCGAGCUUUGCAGACCGGAGUUUCAGGAAUCAUGUUGGCAAGAGGUGCCUUACUCAAGCCAUGGCUGUUUACUGAAAUAAAAGAGCAGAGGCACUGGGAUAUUUCCUCAACAGAACGUUUUGACAUCUUAAAGGACUUUACAAAUUAUGGCCUGGAGCACUGGGGUUCAGAUUGCCAGGGGGUUGAGAAAACAAGACGAUUCAUGCUGGAGUGGUUGUCCUUUUUAUGCAGGUAUAUUCCCAUCGGUUUACUGGAGCAUGUACCUCAGAAGAUCAAUGAAAGACCACCAUAUUACAUGGGGAGAGACUACAUGGAGACUCUAAUGGCAAGUCAGAAUGUAACUGACUGGAUAAAAAUAAGUGAGAUGCUUUUGGGACCUGUUCCUCCGAACUUCAGCUUUCUGCCGAAGCACAAAGCCAACUCUUAUAAAUAAGCCAUACUCUGUAUAUUUUAUGUUUAUUGAUUAAAAUGUAAUGAGAGAACAUAAUCUUUCUUUUAAUUUCUUUUUAAUAAACACUAUUUUGUCUGUUAA